AUGCAGUUCAAGGCCGCCCUCGCUGUGAUUGCAGCAUCUGCAAUCACCCAAACAAUGGCAGCUCCAAAGCUUGCAGCCAAUUCCAUCGUGGCACGCGGAUAUGGCGAUGGCCCCGGCGCCCCAUUUCAAAUCGAUGGUUCUGUUUAUGGCCACGGCAUCAGAAUUGAAGACGACGGCACCAUGACAUGGAACUACGGAGCGAUCCAGGUCAUCUUCCAUCUGGACGGCACGAUCGGUUACAAGGCGGCCAACGGCGGGGACUGUGAUGUUACUGCCGUUGAUGGACCAAAGGGAUCCGGAUGCGGAGAAUGGAUCUACCUGACUUGGGAACGAGACACUUUCCCUGGAGAUGUUGAACAGUGCGAGAAGUACCACAUCAACUGCCCUUCUUACUAG